UGAUCAAAACGUAAUACACAGCUUGCAUAGUAUCAUAUUCCACUAAAAUUUAAUAUUAACAGGUCCUGGAAAACAGAAGACAGUUUAGUUAUGCCUGCCCCCCCACUCGGGGGUAUCCUCCUUGCCCAGUAGAUUACGGCAGUAACCCAUAUUACAGUGUAAGAUACUCCAACUUCCAAGGUUACAUGUACGAGUCUAAGGCCACUCCGAGACCGCCUUGCCCUCCCGGAUUGCCUCCACCACCAGGAUUUUUCCCUCUAAACAGUUUUCCCCAUCCGGGGAAUUUCGUACCUACCCCUCCCAACUAUGCAAACAUGCCAUGUGGACCGCCAAGGCCCAUGUGUUACUAUCCCCCACAGGUUAUGCCCAACACUAUGCCGCCGCCUUGGUUUCCUCCAGUGUUUAAUAACCAGAAUUCUCAGAAUACAAACGUGUCGUGCAACGCGCCAUGCCAAUCUACCUCAGCCCCUCCCAGUAGUGUUGGUGGAGUAAACGAGCAAAGGGACUUUUACGAUGUGUAUAAUGAACAGUUGAGGCAGAGGGUCAACCACAGCAGUCAGUGACUAAUUCUGAAAGAUUAGUGACUCACCGUUUUUUAUAAACAUUUUGAAAAUCUGGAUCAAAUAUUUUUUCCUUCUUCAAUUACUUAAUGGAUAUUUUCUAAGUUACUGUGUUUUGCAUAAUUAAAUUUCUAUAUCAUUCAGUUAAUUUAUAUUUCUAUAGGGCGCAACUUUUUAUUUUAAUAGAAUGGCUGUGUUACUGCUAAAAAAGUAAAUAAAACUUAGAAUAUUAUUUAUAAAAUUCCAUAUUUUUUACGUCCUUCUUUCAAUCGAUGGACUUUAAGAAAAAAAUAUAUAUAAAAGUUAUAAUCAGACGACAGUUGUAUGUGUCCCAAUUUAUAGGUGGACAGUCUAUUAACAAUAAUUGGAAAAUAAAGUUCAAAAUUCAAGUUUCUUUAUUAAAUAUAUUUUAAGAAUACAUGUUUUCGUAAACUAUAACUUUCUCAGUCAAAAUUUGCAAAUCCUGUACCUGCUAAGGUUUUUUAAUUUCAAUUUUUUUUUUACUUAUAUGUAUUAGUGACAUGUACAACUGUAAAUCGGGACAUCUUUUAUACAAUUGUGGUAUUCAAAUAUUUAUUUCGAAACAUUAAAAAAAAAAUUGUAACAAAUAUUAUUUGCUAAAGUUAAUAUAAGUUCCAAUAAAUAGACUGUCUGACAAAUAUUUUAGUAUUAAUAGAAAAGUUUAAAACAAAACAAAAAAUAUAUAUUUUUUAGUCGUAUGCAGUAUACCUAACAUGUCGACAGAAACACAAAUAUAAUUUUUUAUAUGAUCUGUAAAUUAAUGCAAUUAAUGUUACAUAUUAAAGAAAUCUUACAUAUUUUUUUUAAAUUAUGUUUUUUUACCAAAUUAUUUCUCUUUCGUUAUAGGCUUAAUCAGGAUUCAUAAGCUGUGAUUAAAUUUUUUAUUUUUUAU